AAAAACCAUUCUCAUUAACAUCAACGAUCAAUCCUUAACAAACAACACCUCCCACCAACCGCCAUUCUUCCAACCACCGCUUCUGCAAAUGCAUACCCAUAAUCUCUUCUCUCCCAUCAUCGUCGCCAUACUAAUCUUCACCGCGAUCUCAAAACCAUGUUAUGGUCAGGUCAACCAACAAUACAACGUUUGUAAUCAAACAUACAGUUGCGGAUCAAACAUACGCAACAUGAGAUAUCCCUUUUGGGGAGAUGGUCGGCCUCAAUAUUGCGGCCACCCACAGUUUCAGUUAAAGUGUCAGAAUACCGAGUACCCAACUGUGACCAUCAACGAUCGGUCAUUUCAAGUACUAGGAAUAAAUCAAUCUAGUCAUGUCAUGACUAUCGCGAGAAUAGAUCUCUGGGAUAGUUAUUGUACUCAGAAUUUGAGUAAUAUCAGUUUGGAUGGCAACUUUUUUUGGUACAGUCAGGCUGUGAGAGAUCUAUUCAUGUUUUACGAUUGCACCCAGAAUAAUUUUACUAGAGGCUUGUCGAAUAAUUUUACGUGUACGAAUUUGGGAAGUGAUGGCGGAAAGAGUUUGGGCUUUUACGCGGACGAGUCAUUGUUGAGGGCUCUGCUGCUUGGAAAUGUUACCAAGUUUGAGGGAGUGUUAUGCAGAGUGAAUGUUGAAGUUCCGGUUCUUCGGGUGGCUCUGGAUGAGCUUUCGAGCAAGUCAUUGUCGCUGCAGGAGGCUUUGAACCAGGGCUUUGAGGUGGUUUAUUAUGCAGAAAAUGCGGCUUGUUUGGGGUGUGAGGAAUCCGGUGGGAUUUGUGGAUCAGAUUCUAGUUCCCUUGUGUUUGUUUGCCAUUGUCAGGACCAUACUCAUCCCCGCAACUGUCGAAAUGAUGAUAUUAUAAAUGUUCGGCGAAAGCUUUUAAUAGGGUUUGGCACAACGGGAAUUACUAUCAUUGUCAUGAGCCUUAUUUUCAUCAUCUAUCAUUUCCGGUACAAAAAGCGUUGUGCUACUUCAUCUUGGGUAUCUCGAAAAACUUUUUUGCAUCGCUCUUCAAUGAAAGAUCUUGAAAAGGCGGGCACAUACUUAAACGUCCAAGUUUUUAGCUACAGCGAACUUGAAAAAGCGACAAGCAAUUUCGAUUCAAAAACAGAACUUGGAGAUGGAGGAUUUGGUACAGUAUACCAAGGCAAGCUCCGCGAUGGACGCAUUGUCGCUGUCAAGCGAUUAUAUGAGCACAAUUUCAAGAGAGUCGAGCAAUUCAUGAAUGAAGUUGAGAUCCUCACGCGUUUACGUCACCAAAAUCUUGUCUCUCUUUAUGGGUGCACAACGCACCAUUGUCGUGAACUCCUACUUGUUUAUGAGUACAUUCCUAAUGGCACCGUUGCCGAUCAUCUCCACGGUGAACGAGGGAAACCAGGUUCACUAUGUUGGACUACCCGAAUGAGCAUUGCCGUAGAAACAGCAAGCGCAUUGGCUUAUCUCCACGCUUCAGAUGUCAUUCACAGAGAUGUAAAAACCAACAACAUCCUCCUUGACAACAAUUUUUGUGUCAAAGUUGCCGAUUUUGGGCUCUCUCGCCUCUUCCCAAAUGAUGUCACUCAUGUCUCCACUGCCCCACAAGGGACUCCUGGAUAUGUAGACCCUCAAUAUCACGAAUGCUAUCAAUUAACUGACAAGAGUGAUGUUUAUAGUCUUGGGGUUGUUUUGGUUGAGCUCAUAUCAUCCAAGCCUGCUGUGGAUAUCAGUAGGCAUCGACAUGAGAUCAAUUUGUCCACCAUGGCUAUCAACAAGAUCCAAAAUCAUGCGUUGCACGAGCUUGUUGAUCCGCGUCUUGGAUUUGACUCGGACUAUGAGGUGAGGAAGAUGAUCACUAAGGUGGCAGAGUUGGCUUUUCAAUGCCUGCAAAAUGAGAGUGAUUCAAGGCCGUCUAUGGAAAAUGUAUUGGAGGUUCUAAAGGGGAUUCAGAGCGAGGAUUGCGCGAUGAAAAAUGCAGAGGUGGUGGAUAUCCGUGAAGAUGAUGUUGUGCUGUUGACGAGCAAGUCACCGACGCUUUCGCCUAGCAGGUGAUCAUAUGACCUAAUGCCAGUAGCUAAGUUGUGAAAUUUUACUAAAUUUUCAAAGUACAUAUUGAAGAUUUUUUCAGUAGUUGAUGUACUUAGAUGCUGAGUUUGAGUGUUAUGCCAUCUUUUUACUGGAUUUUUUUAUACUGAAGUUGAUGUAUAUAUUGCGUCAUUUCAUUAAAUUGAUUGUAAAAUAGCAAUGCGUUUCAUAUGGAGAUUGAAAUGUAAUUCACUAUUUAUAUACUGAAUGUAACUGAGUCAUAAUAAAAUGUAUCUGCUAAUGUGAAUGAGACUAUCUCAUAGAAGUAUUGAUAAUAAGAAAACAUUUUGAUUAAGCUACUUUUUCUUUUUCUUUUUUUGUUAAUAAGAAACGAAUUU